AUGACUUUCAGGGACCAAUUAAUGGGUCAGCCGAUGGAAAAUGCUCCAACUAUAGUGCUGUUGGCUUAUCAGGGCGAGAAUAGCAGUAAACCAACUGAAACUUUUUUAUAUGAAAUGAUUCACUUCAUUGAGAGUCCUGAUAGCUUCAAAACAGUAUUUGCAAGUAUAUUAAUUGAUCAAAAUGAUGCAAAAAUUUCAAUUAAAGCUGUUAUUGGUGAUGAUAUAUGUGCAACAGAAGAAUCUACUACUGACAGGGAUUUAGGCUUAUCAGGUCUCAAGGAAAUUACGGACUCCUCGAAGGACUUCAUUAGAUUUUUCAUGUUGAAUGAAAAUGGUGACUCUGCUCACCUUGAGGCUGACAACCUAUCGAUUCAGAAACCUGGGAAGAUUAUUGCGGUGGAUGAAGAAAUCAAUAAAAUUAAGUGCUUUAAUGGUUGGUUACUUUGA